CUUCAUCAUUUGCCGCCGGCUCGGGCACAGACGAUCCGCAUUGCUUCCGCUUCUGGGCGCCUGACUUCUUGUCUAGACUCCAGACCUACUCCAACACUGAACGACCAAUCACUAGUGGCCAAAAGCAGAAAUGUCAAGUCGCUAUUCUAUGGAUGUGAAGCCGCUCUCCCAAAAACUCACAUCUACUUUGAAGAAUUGUAGCCUAACUUGCAGAGCAUGGCUGCGGGCGAGCUGGAGGAAUCUCUUCUCUCAGCGUAGAAUUGUCGUAGACCGCACCAACUUCGAGUCUUUCUUGGAAUUUAUUGAACUAGACUGUCUGUCUGUCACCAUCAUUCGUUUCAUUCGCUCUCUCCAUAUCGAACAAGGCGAAUCUUGGCUUCUCUACCGAUCCACUGGCCCACGGAAUCCCAAAACAUUUCAAUUUGACGAUUAUCUCCAGCGUCUUGUUGGCCUUGUGUCUGUGAAGAGUCUCAGACUCGGAGGAAUUCGUCGGGAUAUAGGUCCUCCCACUAUUGCCGCCCUUCGACAUAAUUUUGCAGGAGUCUCUGUCCUUGAGAUCCAUUCCGUCGUUUUGGCUUCAGCGGAACAAUUCCUCGACAUUCUGAGCUCCUUUCCUUCGCUCUCGGGUUUAGUUUUAGGCGGUGUGGCGAUUGAUAGCCUAAGUGAAGUGCAAUGCACCCACGACUCGUUGCAUACGUUAUUGCCACCACAUACUCCGCCUGUACCUACGACUUUGACCGAGCUGGUUUGCAAUUUACCCCAAGACGAAACGAUCUUUCUCUUUUCAUGGCUCACGCUUCGUGGCGCUGUGUCCAUCCGAAAGCUCAAUGUGACUUUAAUCCAUGAGUUGUCGAACGCUGCUGUAUCAAAAUACCUUCGCGACGUUGGCCCCUCUGUUGAAGAACUUACGAUUGGUAGUGCCGACAUAAAUUUACCAGACGAUUUCACUUUGUCUCCUUGUGUAAUGCUGUCUACAUUGGGAAUCAGCGUGCAGUUCAGAUCCAGGUCUAAUGCUCUCAAUUUGGGAGUGCCUCCAACAGAGUGUUUUAUCCCCUUGAUCAAAAUAUUGCAAACCAUCUCUGCCAAACAACUUAAGGAAGUAAAUAUUUGGCUACGACCCAAUGGGCACAUGACACAGGAAGAGUACGAACAGUUGGACUGGGAUGGGUUAGCCUCCGUUAUCGAACAACCCUUGUUCAACAGUCUAUUCAGGUUCAGAUUCUUUGCUUCCUCCAAACAUGUCGAAAUUGUCAGAAGAGUCAUAAAGAAGCGUAUUUGGGAGGAACAUCCUUUACUUGUUCCCGUCGUCAGAAUCAGGGCUUGGGGUUAGGUGAAAGAGGCACUGAUUAACGACUUACAUGUAAUCAGAUUUCGAGCGAAGACAAGUACAUAUG